AUGGAGCUCGAGGAUGAGGAGCUGCUCCUCGGGGGUGAUGUUCCCCCUCCGGACGUCUGGCCGGAGGUAGUUCAGCCACCGCAGCCGGCAGCUCUUCCCGGUGCGCUUCAGCCCUGCGAGUUCGCGCCGGAGAGAAGGAGGGAACAGUUCCCUUCAGAUUCUAACUUGGGGAGUGCUAGUAGUGGGAGAGAGCAUAAGGAUUGAGCUAGAGAGAUGGAGAGAGAAACAGACAGAUGGGGAGAGGGGGGACAGAGCUACAGAGAUUAUUAGAGGAAAAGAUAGAGCUAGAUAGAGAGAACAAAAAGAAAGGAUAGAGGAGCACUUUCCAUCUGGGAAGUAGAGGAAAGAUUUCACAGAAGCCCCUUUAGAGAUUUUCACAUGUCCUUGGGAUGCAGCCAUUCCCAUGAUCCGAGAACAAAGAACACGAGAGAGCGGAGAGAGAGAGAGGGAAACGAGAGAGAGAGAGAGAGAGAAAGGACGACAGAAUCACGAGGGAAGAUGAUUACCGGCGCAGUGGGCGAGGGAAUUCCAGCGGCCCUCACCAUGGAUGGCGAUGUAG